CCAAACAAAGUUCAUACCCAAUCACAAUUAUUUGCGAUAAUCGAAAAUAAAUUUUAUUUGCAUUAGUUAGUGGUGCUCUUAAAACGCUUGCGAAACGUUCGCAAAGCGGUGUUUCAGAGCUUCAGUGAUUAAAGUUUACAAAGAGAAAGUAUAUUAAAAUUAUCUAUUAAAUAAUAGUACCUAAUAAAAUAAACUCUCGCGAAUGAGUGCAACAACAUUUCGACGUUUUUGUGCCAGCUGCCUUGUUGGCCUGCUGCUCUCCUCCUACGCCACCUAUGUGGAGUUGCGAGCGGAAAAGGAUGCUAGCUACGUGGCAAUGUGCGAUUUGAGUCCGAAAGUCAGUUGUACGGCGGUGUUUACUUCAAGCUACGGCAGAGGUUUUGGCCUAACAAAAUAUUUAACCAGCUGGAAUCCACCGAAUGGCGUGCUAGGCAUUACCUUCUAUAUUUUGCUGCUGCUGUUGACUCCACCACGCCAUCACUUGCUCUCACUGCUGCAGCUUUUACUCUGCUUCGUUUCGAAUUUACUUUCCGUUUACUUGGCUUAUUUGUUGUAUUUUGUACUGGAGGACUUAUGUGUCGUUUGCGUUUCGAUUUAUGUUGUUAAUUUCGUUUGUUUGUUGGAGUCAUGGAAAAUUUACAAACAGAUUUGGUGCAACAACGUUAAAGCUCAUUCGAAAGUGCAAAAUGGCAGCAAUAAGAAUAAUUAGAAAUAUACAUAAAUACAUUCAUACAUACAUAUGUUGAAAAAUUUCAAUAUUUUAAGAUUUUGAAAUGUAAAAAAUAAAUUGUAUUAAUUAAACUCAAAAAUUUUAAUUGAG